AUGGACACGACGACGUAUGUUCAAUUGAAUGGGGUAUAUACUCAAAAUCUGGCACAAGAUUUUGAAGUGCUGGGCAAAACGAUAUCUUCCUGUUAUGCCGGGGAUCCGGUCACUUUGCGUUCUUUUCUGAACGGAUAUGGUGAAGAUAUGAUUCAAGAUCGGAAAAAAUAUGAUGGCUGCUUACGGGAGCUGGAACGGCUGCGCCACACUUCACGUGAACAAGACGAUGUCUUUAAUUGGUUAUUGAGUGCGAUGGAAAGUUAUAUUGUUCAGCUCCAAACAGACCAACCACGGUUUCCAGUUGAUUUACAUCCAAACGAACUCCUGAAAACACUUAGCAUACGUUACAAGGAAUCACCGUUGUUAAAACUACUUGCGGACAUUCUAUUUGACUAUUUGUCAUUCGCAGAAAAUCUGACCAAUGGUUCCCACACAAAAACUUCGAGAAUUAACAGAACCCGUUGCCGGGAUUUAUUCGAUAGCCUUGCAAAGACCAAUUCUUUAUGGCUACUUUACUGGACUCUGGAUUAUAACGGCUCGACCAACUUUAGGUGUCAGCUAUUCAUGGAAUUUACCAUUUGGAAGUUAAGCGAAUCAAACGUUCCUUUUACGAUUUUCGACUUCCUUAUAGAUAUCGAUCUUGUAGCAUAUCAGCAAUGCAUGAUUGGUCUAUUGGACGCUUACCUAAACAUUGCGUAUAACUACACACAAAGAGUUUAUGAUAUCAUACCCGAACAUCUUGGCGAAAGGCUUAUCAUCUCGCAUUUGAUUAAUAUGAUUGUCCUGCAUCCGGAAAUAGUCGACGGUCAGGAAGAAUUGAUUUGGAAUCGUCUCACGGUUCCAAACAUUCAAAUGUUAUGUUAUUUCGAGUAUGUCACAAGGUUUUCCUUGUGCAUAUCUCCGUCUGGCACCGUAACGUCGAUCUGUGAAUCGUUUCUCGGCUGGUUACAGACUUGGCUGUUUGCCAAUACAGAUAGCGUUAUUCCCCAUGUAUUUCCUAUAUGUAUCAUGUUGGAUGGUCUGACAAACGAGGAAUAUGUAAUAAACGGAAAGGGCGUUGAUUCAAUCACAGUUACCUAUUUAGGUGAAGUUGUACGCACAGAAUGUGCGACUUUGAUCCAGCAGAUGGCAGUCGCGCUCGACGAGUGCAUCGUGAAUACGAACUCAAAUGACGUGUCGCAAUCGCACUUGAAGGAAGUGAUAGUAAGAAAUUUUUUGGAUCAAGACAUUGGACAGUCAACAAAUUUGAGAAACUAUCAAAUUUUACAUUUACAACUAGGAGUAAUUUAUAUCACACGAAAUUCGGACUAUAAUCUUAAACAAACGCUAUCGAUGCUGUAUAGUCGACUGGGAUCAAAGAGUGAAGCGUUCUGGCUGACAAUACUUAAAUGCAUCGGAUUAACAUCUAAAAGUGUUGCUAAAAAAUUGAUUCAAGAAUUGUUGCUGACGCUCUUUCAGGUAAUGCCGCCAGACGAUCAGAUCAUAGCAGAGAGAAUGAUUUACGUACACGAGUUGGUUGCUACAUUUGAAUUAUAUUGGAAAGAUGUGUUCAGGCUUUCUAUUGAAAGCCUCAUAGGAAUGGUAUUGGUGCACGAAGAGGGUGUACAUGCGUCAUCUUCGAUUUACUACCCCCAAUAUACGAACAUUUAUAGGACUCUGGUUUAUUUUGUUGUAACCGAAUCGGAUGUCUCAAAUAUCACAUUGUGGGAUUUGAUUAAUGGCUCAUUUUUAACACAUAAAAGCAUGAGCAAAUGUAUAUUAAAUGCAAUAGGAAAUUCAUAUCAUAGUCUCCUACGCACUUUUUAUCACAUCAUAAAUUCAAACGAUGAUCAAACUGAGUUAUCAAACUCCAGAUGGCUGCUAUUAUUAUUACUGAUCUCUUCUUCCUGUGCGUUAACAAAUAAUUCAAUACGUAAUAUCUUGGAGUGCUGUGAUUCGUUGGUGGACAUAUGGUUUGCUAUGAUGACGAGAAAAUCACAGUUGUCGAGUACAAGCAACGAGGACUUUGAGUGGAACAUAGCACUAUCCAUCAUGGAAAAUCUUGUUUUUACGUUUUCAAAAUAUCCGGAAACCUUUCCAUAUUUACCUAAUUUAAUGUUACGAAAAUUAAUGUUUAAUGCUGAAAAGGUUCGAAAUUGGCCUUUCGCUCUGAGAUCAUCAGAAAAGGUCUCAACGAACCUAGAAUUAAUGUCCAAACGUCAAAUGCAAAAGUUUAAGUAUAAUGCGAUUAGUAGAAAUGACAAGUCGUACUCAUCAACGUGGCAUUCCAUUAACUUUAAUCAAAAGGAAGCAAAAAAUCUUGGGGGACGAAUUGUUAGCUCAGCUCUACGGAAAAAAAAAUUUCUGAUUUACCUUAGGAAUUCAGAUUCCGGCAAUUCAGAAUUAGAUUCUCGUUCGAUUUAUAAUGCAUGGUCCAACGGUCGACUUUUUAGGAUACUUUGUAUGAACAAAGACUUACUAUCAUAUGAUUCGAAAAAAACCGAUAUGCUUGCGCGACUCCUUAUACAAAAAUUAACCACACUAGAACCCCCUACAUCGGUGACAGAGCACAUAAUAGUGCCAAAAUCGAUUUCGUACAGCAGGGAUCGUUUUCUGCAAUCAAGAUUCAAUGAUUACCCGGAACUUUGGCUACUUUUGGAUUUUCUAGCAAAUGACUAUAGAAUAUUUGGAGACCUUCAUGAUAUAUUGGCUCGCUCCCUUCUUGCCACAAAUAUUUCUUUUUGGUAUAGGAUGCGCGAACAAAAUUCGAAAAAAUAUUCUGUCGAGCUUGAUGCGGUGAUGCGUUUAGUCGAAGCGAUGCGAAAGGCACAUUACGUUCCACAACCAUUAGAUUACAUUGGACGCUUGCUACCAUACGUUCACUCAAAGGACGUAGGAUACCUGUUGUAUGAAAUAAUAUGGAAAUUUGUUUUAGAGAACUGGCAAUUAUGCCCAUAUUCCAAUAACUUUAACAUUGACGAAGGGAUCAUACAUGGAAACAAUAACUUAUUUGGAUUUUCAGAUCGGGUGCAAAAAAUGAGAUUGAUUCUUCAAAAAAACAUUUUAACGAUACCCGAACAUUUAACCCACAUCGUGUGA